GAAGAUGGGUGAUUGUGUGGAGGAAGAGGAGGAGAGACCAAAGUCUCCAGGAUCCAUCUGUCUGUCUCUGAAGAGUGACUGGUCCAAUGAUUUACCUCCAGACUUCAGUAAAGAACCUGGACCCUCAGACGCAGAAGGGCGGUACUGCAGUCAGAGACCAGAGUCUCCAGGAUCCAUCUGUCUGUCUCUGAAGAGUGACUCAUCUAAAGAUCUUCCUCUAUUCUUCAGUAAAAAACCUGGACCCUCAGACACAAGAAGAGGAGCGAAUUCUGCAGCUUCCAGGUGUCGGUCUACGAAGAGUGAUGUCUCCAAAGAUCUACCUGAAAACUUCAACAAUAAACCUGCUCCGAUGAAACGGAGCUUAUACCAGUCGACUUUAUCGGAAUAUGUGGGACAUGGAAAAAGAUCCAGAGCAAGUCAUCCACAAGAUGCCGGUCUGCAGAAGAUCCUAGAUGAACAUAAGACCAGUCUGAGGAGCAGAUGUGAACAUGUGACUGAAGGAAUUGAUGAAACAGGAAGUAGAACCCCCCUCAACAGGAUCUACACGGAGCUCUUCAUCACAGAGGGACUGAGUGAAGAGGUUGAUACCCAACAUGAGGUGAUGCAGCUGGAGACAGCUUCCAGGAUGAAGAGCCUCCAUGACGCUCCAAUCAGGUGCCAGGACAUCUUUAAAGCCUUACCUGACCAACGUGGAGCCAUCAGAGUGGUUCUGACCAAUGGCGUCGCUGGCGCUGGGAAAACCUUCUCGGUUCAGAAGUUCUCUCUGGACUGGGCCGAGGGCUCGGAGAACCAAGAUGUCACCGUGGUGAUUCUGCUCUCGUUCAGGGAGCUGAACCUGAUCAGAGAUGAGCAGUUCAGUCUUCUCAGGCUGAUUCAGGUUUUCCAUCCAUCGUUCCAGAAGCUCACAGCAGAGCAGCUGGCUGCCGGGAAACCGUUGUUCAUCUUUGACGGCCUGGAUGAAAGCAGACGUUCCCUGGACUUCAACAACGGUCCGGUUGUGUCUGACGUCACACAGAGCUCAUCGGUCAACGUGCUGCUGACUAACCUCAUCCAGGGGAACCUGCUUCCCUCAGCUCUCAUCUGGAUCACUUCCAGACCUGCAGCAGCCAAUCAGAUCCCUCACAAACACGUGGACAGGGUGACAGAAGUACGAGGCUUCACCGACGAACAGAAGGAGGAAUACUUCAGGAGGAGGUUCACGGAUGAAGAGCGGUCCAGCAGCAUCGUCUCCCACAUGAAGACAUCCAGAACCCUCCACAUCAUGUGUAAACUCCCGGUCUUCUGCUGGAUCACUGCUACAGUUCUGGACCACAUGUUGACCACAGAGCAGAGAGGAGAGCUGCCCAAGACCCUGACUGACAUGUUCUCCCACUUCCUGCUGGUCCAGAUGAAGAGGAAGAAGAACAAGUACCAGGAGGGACAUGAGACGAGUCCACAGGAGCUGACGGAGGCUGACAGGGACCUUCUCCUGAAGCUGGGGAGGCUGGCGUUUGAACAUCUGGAGAAAGGAAACAUCAUGUUCUACCAAGAAGACCUGGAGCAGUGUGGUCUUGAUGUCCCAGAGGCCUCGGUGUACUCAGGAGUUUGUACCCAGAUCUUCAGGAGAGAGUGUGAGGUCUUCCAGAAACCCGUCUACUGCUUUGUUCAUCUGAGCAUCCAGGAGUUCCUGGCUGCAGUCUACCUGCUCCACUGUUGCUCCAUCAGAAACACAGAUGUGCUGGAGAACUUCCUGGGAGAAGAUUCAGAUGAAUUCAUGGAUGACUCCCUGGAAGAAAAUUCAGAUGAAUCCAUGGAUGACUUCUUUGAAAAAGAUUCAGAUGAAUCCAUGGAGAACUUCCUGGGAGGAAACUACAGAUACUCAUCUCUGGAUGGCUUCCUGUGGAUAGUCAUGCAGAAAUCCCUGGAGAGUAAAAAUGGCCACCUGGACCUGUUUGUCCGCUUCCUUCAUGGUCUUUCUGUGGAGUCCAACCAGAGACAGUUAGGAGGUCUACUGGACCAGACGGAGAACGAUCCAGAAACCAUCCAGACAGUCAUCCACAACCUGAAGAAGAUGAACACUGACAGAAUCUCUCCUGACAGAAGCAUCAACAUCUUCCAGUGUCUGAUGGAGAUGAACGACCUCUCAGUUCAUCAGCAGAUCCAGGAGUUCCUGAAGUCAGAGAACAGAUCAGAGCAGAGACUCUCUGAGAUCCAGUGUUCAGCUCUGGCCUACAUGCUGCAGAUGUCGGAGGAGGUUCUGGAUGAGUUGGACCUGAACAAGUACAAGACAACACCAUGGGGUCGACUGAGACUGAUUCCAGCUGUGAGGAACUGCAGAAAGGCUCGAUUUGUUGGUUGUGAUCUCUCAGAGACUCACUGUGAAGUUGUUGCGUCCGCUCUGAAGUCCAACCCCUCCCAUCUGACAGAACUGGACCUGAGUCGGAACAAGGACCUGGAGGAUUCAGGAGUGAAGCUUCUGUCUGGUGGACUGGAGAGUCCAAACUGUAGACUGGAGACGCUCAGGUUGGAGAAGUGCAAUCUGUCAGAGAUCAGCUGUUCUUCUCUGGUCUCAGUUCUGAAGUCCAACCCCUCCCAUCUGAAACAUCUGAAACAUCUGGACCUGAGUAACAACGGGAACCUGGAGGAUUCAGGAGUGAAACAUCUGUGUGGUUUCCUGGACAGUCCAGACUGCAGACUGGAGACUCUGAGAUUGGUGAGCUGCAGUCUGUCAGAGGUCAGCUGUUCUUCUCUGGUCUCAGCUCUGAAGUCCAACCCCUUCCAUCUGAAACAUCUGGACCUGAGUCUGAACGACCUGGAGGAUGCAGGAGUGAAACAUCUGUGUGGUUUCCUGGAGAGUCCAGACUUCAGACUGGAGACUCUGAGAUUGAAGAGCUGCAUUCUGUCAGAGGUCAGCUGUUCUUCUCUGGUCUCAGCUCUGAAGUCCAACCCCUCCCAUCUGAAACAUCUGGACUUGAGUUUGAACGACCUGGAGGAUGCAGGAGUGAAACAUCUGUGUGGUUUCCUGGAGAGUCCAGACUUCAGACUGGAGACUCUGAGAUUGAAGAGCUGCAGUCUGUCAGAGAUCAGCUGUUCUUCUCUGGUCUCAGCUCUGAUGUCCAACCCCACCCAUCUGAAACUUCUGGACCUGAGUCUUAACGACCUUGAGGAUGCAGAUGUGGAGCAGUUGUCUGAUCUGGUGAAGAGUCCAGACUUCCAGCUGCAGACUCUCAGGUGGGGAGAUGAUGAGAGUGAGUCCUCUACAUCUGGAGAUGAUGAGAGUGACCAGGACGGAUGAGUCGUGUCCUGAUCGUCCUCAGAGGUGGAAGCAGAACCAGUUUGUGUGGACAGACUCUGACUGGACCGUUAUGAUGAUGAUGAAGAUGAAGAUGUACAUAGUUUCUGAAUUCCAGCGUUCUACAAACAACUUUGUUGUUAUUAUAUUAUUGUUAAAAAACAGUGUAUCAAAAGGUUAAUUUGAACUUGAGUUUCGUUCGACAUUGUUCCUCAAGCACUUUGUCUAAAGUCUGGAUGAGUUCUAGUUCGGAGGUGCCUACUACUAAUGUACUGAUGGAUAAAUGUGUGCGCUGCCGCGGCGGAACUGCUCAGCAAAACAGCCGUCUCCUCCACCGAGUCACGUGACUCCUCCGGUGUUUUUUUAUUUACAUGUUUCCGUUUCAUUCCAAGUUUUCCGUUAGUUGUUGUUGUCGUGUUUUCAGCUUCGUCAGGUUUUUAAAGUUUCUCUCCACAUCACUGAUGAAGAGAGAGAGUGAAGAGAUCUGUGGAAAUAACAGCGUUUGUUCAUGAAACAUGAAACACAAAUGAACUUGACUUGGUCAAUGAAUGUUCCUCAGUUUGUUCCAGUAAAUAUUGUAAAUGUUUUCUGGAUAUUAUGAUGAUUGUUAACACUUCAAAGACAGUCAAAAUUCUUCAGUAAAA